AUUGCCGAAGACAUCCUAGGACAGGCAACUUCCUACGUCAGUGUCCACCGAUUGCGUGUCGCGAGUGGUUGGCCAGACACACCAGAGAGCUCUCUGGUUGAGCUUUUUGGGGGAAGAACUUCAAUAUACAUACAUAAAGUGUGUGUGCGAGUGCCCAUGGAGGCAUAGAUAUUGAUUUUUCCCAUCAGUUGUGCUCCAAGACUCGCAGCAUAAUGGCGGGCAUGAAAAUUCGUGCGGAAAAAUGGUGCUCAAAUUAGUGUGUGAAGUGAUUCUUCUGGUGCUGGGACUUGGAUACGUGUCUGGUGCAAUCAACCAGCACGAUUUCUUUCCAGGUUUGCGGAGAGCGCCUAGCACCAAAAUAACAUCAAAUGCAUAUGAUGAAAACUACCUUGCGCAGAUACUAAAUUUUAUCGAGGAGCAAGCAAGACGGAGGUUUCAGCAGAAAGUUGUGGAGUACCAGCUGGACCCGUCUGCUGCCCACAAUCGCCCUCCGCAGUCGCAGGAGAUGGUUGAGCCGGGGUUCACAUAUCAAUUCCCAGAGAUAAAGCAACACGCCCCAAAUGAGCCCUUCCAAUUUGCCGUUGGACCCAACGAUCCACGCUUCUACGAUACAGAUCUGGAACUCCCGAUCCGUGUGGCGGAGGAUGCAUCACUGGAGGAGCACCCCAAGGAGGAGUUUCCCUACUACCGCAUCAAGGGUCCCAUUAAUGUGAACCCAAAGCUCAAACAGGUGGAUCCCGAUGCCAGCAAUGAGGCGGUAUCGCGAGAGAUGCAGGGCUUGCUGCAGAAGCUGAGCCACGGUAUGCCCAAUGGUGGCAGUGUGCUGGAUCCCAAUCUCCUGGCACGGCACGAUGUCAUCCAGAAGCCCAUGGAUAUUGAGGCUCCUGUGGGGAUGUACGUUGUGGCCCUCGUAGCGGGUGUUAGUGCUGCCAUCACUGUUGGCCUCCUUGCCGUAGCCAUCGGGUGGUACACCUUCUACAAGAAGGCCAAGGCAGCUGCUGAUGUGGAUUAUCCUGCCUACGGGGUUACGGGUCCCAAUAAGGAUGUCUCCCCAUCUGGGGAUCGUCGUCUGGCCCAGAGUGCUCAAAUGUAUCACUAUCAGCAUCAGAAGCAGCAAAUAAUUGCCAUGGAGAACAGCCUAAAUGGUGAGAGGAAUGGGUCAAUGUCUGAUGUGAAUAGUGACGAUGAGAAUGAGGAGGGAGACUACACGGUCUACGAGUGUCCAGGACUAGCUCCGACUGGUGAGAUGGAAGUGAAGAAUCCUCUCUUCUUUGACGAUCCCACACCAGCCACGCCAGCCACAGCGGCAGCUAAGCCAGACAAGGCCGACACCAAACAACCCAAGUCACCAAAAUCAAAAGAAUAAAAUUCUUAAGCAGCAGCCAGAGGGAAAUUUAACAUUUUACACCAGUUUUAGUGAAGAAGAUGGAGAACAUUGUGAGGAAUAGAGGAUUUUAUUUUCAUAAACUAUACGUAUAAAUAAAGAAUUCCUUUGACAUUUGCCAUGUCUUCAGGCUCUCUGAAAGACUGAUUGUAUCUCAAUUCAUUGGUCUCUAAAAUCGAGUCAAUUUCUAUGACCUAAAAUAUCAAAGAAAAAAAGAAA